AUCACGCUUCCAACAUGGCGGUGAAUCUCACAGACCUCUCCCUGCCUCAAUUAGAGGGACUAAAAACCCAACUAGACCAGGAGAUUGAGUUCUUGACGUCUUCAAUUGGUCAGCUCAAAGUUGUCCAGACAAAAUAUGUUGAAGCGAAAGACAGUUUGAACGUCCUGAACGAAAACAACAAAGGAAAAGAAUUGCUUGUUCCACUUACGAGCUCCAUGUACGUCCCGGGAACAUUACAUGACGUGGAAAAUGUGUUAGUGGAUGUGGGGACAGGAUACUAUGUUGAAAAGAAAGUGGAAGACUCAAAGGCUUUCUUCAAACGCAAAAUAGAUUUCCUCACAAAGCAGAUAGAGAAAAUUCAGCCAGCCCUUCAGGAAAAACAUGCCAUGAAACAAGCUGUGAUUGAAGUAAUGAACGUGAAGAUCCAGCAGCUACAGCAGAGCCAGCAGGCGUCACAGAUGGUCGGGCCCACCAAGGCUUAAAGAGAACACCUGUUAGAUCUCCUCAUGUUAAACUCUUGAGGCUUUUUUUUUUUUUUUAAGUUUGUGUGCAAACAUCUCACAUCUGCUGUUGUAGGACAAGAAGUGCCCUCCACUAAUCUAAUGAAGCCAUGUUAAAUACUGAACAGCAAAGAUUUGUUUUUGUCCCGUUCUGCUUUAAGUGCACAAACCCUGUUGUCAGUAAAUUAGUCGGCUAUCGUCACAGUAAAGCAAUCAUGUUUACUUUGUCAAUUUUAGGUCAAUUCAAUUGGGCGUCUGAUUUGUUCACAUAAUUAAAGAGGUUCUUGUGCAUUCAA